AUGCCAAUAUUCAAGAUCCCCAUAGUGCACAAGUUUGGGAUCAUUUCCCACACAGAACACCUACUACUUGAAGAAUCAAUUGUGAAAACUGCUGAAGACACAUGGAAGUUUUACAAUUCAAAGGAUGCUGCAAAAAGAAACCCCUUUGAAGUCACAGAACAAUUUGUUCAGGAGUUUAAGUGUGCAAAAGAGCAAAAGGAAAAGGAACAAAUGACUGAAAUGGCUCAAAAAAUGCUCACCAGAAAUAAGCGGAAAGCUGGAUUGAAUACAAUGGGUUCAGGGAACCAUGUUAAUCUGCCAUUAGCUUGGACAGAACUAGCUUUGCUGGUUCAGUGUAAAGGGAAAGUACAGGAAGAGGCUCUGGACAUUCUCUUGAUUUCUUUGGACCAUGCACCAUUGCACCCAGACCAGAUUCCUGUUUUGUUCUUCCUUGCAGAGUCCAUCUUAUAUUGGAUCUGUACUGAUGCAGUAAAACAGCCAUAUCUCUAUACAUGUGAAGUCAAGAUAAUAAAGCUUGGAUUUUUGACAUUUCUAAGAUUGUUUAUCCUUCACCUGGCUGGACUUGUACAAACUUUUAAGAAAUGUAAAUAUCGCCUCCAUGCUUACUUAGAAGGUCUUCCAGAACGUGAAGCCUGUUAUCGAUCAUAUCCAAAUGUGUUGCUGGGUGUUCGUUUCAUUAUUAGAACAGGAGAAUUAAAAACAGGUUGUCGGUGUCCUCAGAGAGUGGAUGAGUCCCAACUGAAAACAUGUAACAUCAGUCCAGUGUUAAGGGAAUGCCUUCUGGUUUGGAUUUAUGUGAAACAUAAGAUUCAACUCUUGGAUGAUAUUCUGAAACAUCUCCUCCUGAGGGAGCAACUGUGCAAUACAAAUUGGAUUGAUGCUGCUCUUGGUUUGCUGCUCCUCGGUGAAGCUGCCAAAAUGAACAUUACUUGUUUGAAGGCUUUGACAGAGCUGGGCAUAAUUCUUGUAUCACAUUUUAGUUCUCACAACUUAAAACAGGUAAAGGUGAAGCUACAUGGAGACAUUUGUCUCUAUGGCAGUACCUCAGAAAUCCAAAAGGCUGCCCUAAUUGGGUUUGGAAAUUCAUCAAAGUCACCCAAUAGGACAAAUACACCAGGAUUGCUUCAACUUCUACAGAUUCAGCCAGCGACAACAGCAGGAGAUGAUCAGGAUAGUGGCUGGUGGGUUCGCUAUGGAGCAGCAUACAGUUUGGAAAAGGUCUGUCACAUUCUUUAUGGUGACAAAAAUCAAGAGGGGUUAAGGAAUGCCGCAUGGACUGCUCUACAGAAACAACAAAGCUUGGAGCAGGAUGCUCGAGUCCUGGCAGCUGUUAAAGUGGCUGAGGCAGAAUUAAACGGCCCAAUAAAUCCUUUCAUUAAUGCAAGCUCUAAAACAACAUCAUCUCUCAGGAGCUCAGUAGCAAUUCACUUUCUGGGUUGGCGAAUAGCAAGCAUUCUGUCUCAGCUUUGCCUGCCUCCUGUGGCUCCUUCUAUCGCUCUGCCUCGGAUGCUCCCCCAACGACCCAUCCAUUCCAGAUUUCCAUUUCAGAAACAAAGGAAGGUGGGGAAAAAAAUGGCACAUCUUUCACUCAGAUACAUUGAGAGUUUGUUGGAAUAUCAAAGGGGAGUCAAAGGUGCCAAGAAGUACGUUUGCAUCUUGCAGGAGUUCCACAGACAAGAAAUAAUGUUAGCACAAGCAGAUCGUGAAUCACUACCUGAUUUCAAUACUCGUGCAAACUUCAAUCUGAGGAGAAUGGUGGAAGAUCAGUGGAGAAAAGAGUUACAAACAAAACUGGAAUAUGAAGAAAAAGAAAGGGAGCAACAACUCCAAGAGAAACAGAAAUUAGAGACAGAAGCUUUUAUUGAGUUGAUGACGAGGAAGGAGGAGAAAUUUCACAAAUAA